UUCAUCAAUGCCAGUCAGCCCAGAAGUAACAGGUUACAAGAAAAAUCCAACUUUACAGGAUAAAAUCCAUGUCAUUGCAUUUGUCAUGGAUGGAUGCUCAGUGGAUGUUUUUCCUGAAAAGAUUCUAACAAACAUUAAAGCCACACAACAAAAGGCAAAUCAAAGAGGUAUCCCCCAAGUGGUUCUGCUCACCAAAGUGGACCGUGUGUGUCAGGAAGUGGAACAGGACCUGUCUCAGGUCUUCUACAGCCAGGCAGUCCAGGAUCUUGUUGAUGAGGUGUCACAGCUCGUGGGAUUACCACGGGCUCACAUCCUGCCAGUCAAGAAUUACGAGAGAGAGAUGGAGUUGGACCAGGGUGUCAACAUACCGGCAUUGCUGAGUGUCAGACAGAUGCUGAGAUUCGCAGACGACUAUCUCUACAACUUUGUUGAUGAAAGUUAAACAUGACAUUUUAAAUCUUGUUGAGGUGCUGGAACCCAUGGCUUUUGUGUUGUGCACAUGUAAUCAAUUACAUUUAUAUACAGGCAGUUUUAAGCCUUCUGGUGGAUAAUAGUCAUUGCUUUUUAAUUUGUUUAGACAUCCAUACAACUUUAUCAUAUGAUGCAUAUUACAUAAAUGUAUUUCUUAUUUUAUAUUGAUACAGAUUUUUAUAAUUAUGCAUACAUUGUGUAAACUUUUGCAUAUUUUGUAAGCUAUGUAAACAUAUUUUUUUAUACAAUUUUUGGGUUUUUUUAGACAAAUACAGUUGCCUGGGUUUUUUGGUGCACAAUCAAAAUGUGAUUUAUAGAAUCUUAACAAAUUAUUGGUUUUCCUUAAGUUAACAAUGUAUUAAUGGUUUGGGUUUCAUCUCAUCUCAUCUCAUCUCAUGUAGCAAAGUUUCCCACACUGAGUGAAAUGUUUAGUGGUGUAGCUUACAGCCAGAACUUCAUAAAACAAAAAGUUUCAGUGUUUUAUAAAAACAUAUGUUAAAGGAAGGGCACAUUAAGGCACUUGGCCUGGUAUGCAUAGUCAACGAUAUAUAUAAUGCACAUUAUUGUGGGGGGGGGUUUUCCGUUAUUUUGGUCUUUUUCUUUCCGUGGCCUGUAUCUGUGGUUCCUGAUUGGCAGGUGUAUAUUUAGACGGUCCCCAGAUACUGUGUCUAGACACACUAAAAAGACAUGCCUCUUUUAUUAAGAUCACAGGGUAUUGUGUGAUAACCGCACGGACACCCCUCAAAUCAUAAUGGAUAUUAUCAGCCGUCCUGCUUUAUUACUGUACGUAAUUAUGUAAAACCUUUGAUUAAGUAGACUUUCCCAUCUAAAAUCACAAAGCUGACCAACUGAGUGGUCGUUUUUGCUCGAAUGUACCCUA